UACACACACACACACAGAGUGAAAACGACCUUUACACCCCUGUCUCAUGAAAGUAGAUUUUUCCCCUGAAGAAAGCACGAAAUUUCGCUAUAAUCCCACUGGAAAUAGGAAUCGUUAUUAAAUGUAACCAAAGAUUAUUCAGAGGGCUAAUAUUUUUGACGGUGUGUGGAUAUCUUGCAGAUAAGAAAUCGAGAAGCCGGGUGCCUGGUAAAGCAAUAUGGCGCCUUUAGAACUGUUCCUGGAUGUCGAUGGCGAAAAGGUUUCACCUCGUUUAAGGCAGAUUUUACUACACGGCUACCAACUAUUUCAUCAUUUUUUAAUCGCUUUGCAAGAGUUUAUCCGAAUUAUUUACUGUAUCUUUAUCGACUUCCCGUUGUUUAUCUGUUCAGAUAUCGUUAAGUAUUAUUUAGACCGUUAUCCACCUAUGCGAUCCAAAAUAAACGGCUUGUGUGAAUCCCUCCGUUCUGUCGAACAAAUGUUCAAGAAUUUCGGUCGUUAUCUUUUCGACAGUGUAGUUGCUAAGCUGGCAUUAUAUCGUCUAGAAAACGUCAUCAAAACAUCAGAAGUCAUCUUGAAAAGAUUGCUGAGAGUAAUCGACGGCGAUAAUAGUGUUGUGUACAGAUGUCACAGAUGUCAGUUCUUGACUUCGGUCUCUGCUCACUAUGAUGAUGCAUCUAGUGAAGAUGAGACAGUCCAAAUCAGAACACAGAGAGAUUUUGUUUUGACUGAUGCUGACCAUAUUACAGAAAACGGCUUGUCUGGUCCGCAGAGGGAAAACCUAUCGACUUCUCUAGAAAAAGCUGCCGAAAAAGUAUCUACUGAAACCAAAAAUGCUGCUGACAGAACUAAAACCGUUGGUGCUGGCAAGGAUAACGAAACAACAGAUGUUGCCGGCAAGAGAGCAAAAACCGCUGAUAGUGCCAGCAAUAACAUCGAAACCACGAAAGCUUCUGACACUGAAGGCGGAAACACUGACACAAUCCACAACGGUCUCAUCAAUGCUCAUACAGAAGUCGAAGGCAUCGAAAAAUUCUUUGUCUUAUUCUACAAGACCUUCGUUUUGCAUCCGUUUAACGCUUACGUAGCAAUGUUGCAUUUCAUCCGAAACGUAACCUUUGAUGUCAACGACUACUGUCAAAAAUUGGGUCCUAUAUCAUCCUCGGGUCGCAAAAUUGUAUCUCCUCGUCGCAUGAUCCGAAAUAGAUUUCUCUUACAAGUCAAGAAAAUGACGAAUGAAGUUGUAAAUUUGGCUGCCGCAGACUAUCGCUUUAAACUGAUUCUCGCUGAAACUGGUGACUUGAUAAUUAACCCCAACCAAUCAACUUCACGAAAAAGGAAGAUUUCACUGGAUGAGUUGGACGCUUGUAGUAGGAGCAGCAGUAGUGAUCCAGAUUAUGUGCCUGAAAUACCAUAUUCGGAUUUGGAGUCUGAAAGUCUUUCAGAAGAGGAUUUUUCUAGUGAAGAUACUGAAAUUGAAGAUUGCGAAGUUCCUCAAGAUACCCAUGGAGCUGGAACCCAAACAGCUGAUGUCAUGCAUGCUAAAGACUCGAAUAACGGUGUUAAAUAUUUCGAUAGCGAGAAUAAAUUAAACGAUGUUAAAGAUAUUGAGAAUAAGACGAAUGAUGCACAGGAUGGGGAGAAUAAAAUGAAGGAAGGUGUGGAGAAUGAGAUGAAUGAGGGUGUGGAGAAUGAGAUGAAUGAGGGUGUGGAGAAUGAGAUGAAUGAGGGUGUGGAGAAUGAGAUGAAUGAGGGUGUGGAGAAUGAGAUGAAUGAGGGUGUGGAGAAUGAGAUGAGUGAGAAUGGUAUUCAAGCAAGCAGUAUUUGUGAAUCUGAUAGUCAGGGAAAAGAGGUUACUCUACAAAACAAUGGUAUGAAGACGGCUGCAGUAUCGGAGGAGGUUGACUAAGAAUUAUAACGGGCUCUGAAAUGCAAAACAAAAAUGAAACAGUAAUGUCGGGCCAGUUAUUUGAAGGAAAGACCGUUAAGCUAGACACUAUUGCUUUUAUUCGUAACGAUGGUCAAAUAUUAUUAGCCAACAUAAGCCUUUUCUUUUGUUUUUAAUUGUUAAUGAGCAUUUUAUCUUCACUCUUUAUAAACCUUGUUUUUUUUUUUUUCAUAAAUUACCUUAUUGUCUAAUAAAGAUUUAGUAAUCGUUCAGA